CUGCGGCUUCGGCUGAGCCUGCGCCUGCGCCGGUGGCGGCGGUGCCGGAGGCUACGGUGAGCUUCCAAUCACCGGAAUCUGUGGCGCCUACGGCAGCUGCACCUGCACCUGCACCGUCGGCGGUGGAGAAGAUUAGCUCGACUGAUUUGUUGGUGCCGCCGGGUUAUAUGACGACGGCGGUGGUGGCGGCGGGAGGAGGAGGGUUUCCGGCCGCGAGGCCUGUGAUGAAGGUGGGCAAGAAGAGGGGGCGGCCGAGGAAAUACGGCCCAGACGGGAGCCUGAUCCGGCCGCUGAACGCCACGCCGAUCUCCGCGUCGGUGCCGAUGGCGGCCUCCGUUGCGGCGGGGCAGUACACGCCGGCGUCGGCGGUUGGCGCCGCCAUGAAGCGCGGGAGGGGCCGGCCCAUUGAUUUCGCCGCCGCGGCGUCCAAGCCGUACCAGCACCAUCUGCACCAGCACCAGCCGCAUCAGUCGCAUCAGCCUCAGCAACAGUUCGGUUUCCACUUCGGCUCCAUUGGUGACAUGGUGGCUGGUUCUGCUGGCGGGAAUUUCACUCCUCAUAUUCUAACUGUUGCUCCUGGUGAGGAUGUGACGAUGAAGGUCAUUUCAUUUUCUCAACAAGGGCCACGGGCUAUAUGUAUUCUCUCUGCUAACGGCGUGAUAUCAAAUGUUACACUUCGUCAACCGGACUCCUCUGGUGGCACAUUAACUUACGAGGGACGCUUUGAGUUGCUGUCCUUGUCUGGUUCCUUUAUGCCAAAUGAAACUAGUGGACCACGAAGUCGGUCAGGUGGGAUGAGUGUUUCUCUUGCCAGCCCAGAUGGUCGUGUUGUCGGAGGAGGAGUUGCCGGCCUUCUGGUGGCAGCAAGUCCUGUUCAGAUUGUCGUCGGAAGCUUCCUGCCAAGCUAUCAGAUGGAGCCGAAGCAAAAGAAGGCGAAGGUGGCUGCUGCACCGACAUUUACGCAGUCAGUACCUGUGGCCAUUCCACUCUCCAGCACGGAUACGCACAGCAGUGAGCAAGGGCAGAACAGCUCUGCUGCCGCCCCCAGAAUGAACGUCGUAACUUCAGCGUACAACGCAGACCAGAGCUGGGCUUCGCCUGUUGCUCAAUCGGCACCUGUCGACGCGUCGAGUACUCCAUCUGAAGAUCUGAAGCUCACCGCCUCUGGAGCCUGAAACCGUCCCGGACAGACGAGAGCCUCUGGAGCGUGGAACCGUCCCGGACAGACGAAACAUUCCACGAAGCCUCUUCCUGCCACAGGGGCGGAAAGGCCAGCACAGCUCCUUCUGACCUGUACAAGAUGUAUCUGCAAUCCAACUAGGUUUUCAAAAAUCCCGCUAGGUUUUCUGUCGUCAGGCAGCUGAAGAGUCUAACUGCAUUCGCUGUAGCUAUGUGAAGUUAGUACCUGUCGAUCUUAUUGAACAUUGUGUAGCUGCACUUGUAUUAUUAGUGUGUUUUGAUUAGCCUCUUAGACCACUUUCAUCUGUUAGAUUAUAAGGAUUAAUUCUGCAUUAGAUUUUCUUCACGCCAUUGUUCUCGAUGUAACUUCUGUCACCUUUCACUAAUCAUGAUCACUGCCCA